AUUUGGAGAGGAUAAGAAAAAGAGCAUUCCUUCAAAAAAAAGAAGGAAAAAAAAAAAUGAAGUAUCCAACCAAAGAAGACCAAGUUUAAUACUUUUUUAAUUCUAAUUGGACCGAUAAGGUGGCGCAUUUUAAUAACCAUGUUACUAAAACAGGCUUUGUCUAACAUAUUUUAUGCUUUUGUUUUGCCUUUUCUUCUGUCUCAUGUUGGCUUUCAUGAAAGGGUUUUAGGGUUCUUUUUUGACUAUUUCAUUUCUGUUUUUUUUUUUUAAUCACAGUUUGUAAUUCUGCACAAAAUUUGUGAUUUUGGGAAGUGGGUUUCUCUCCAAAUCCCAAAUUAAAGUGUCUAUGCUGAGAAUUAGUUUAAAAAAUAUUGAUCAAUUUGCUCAAGUCAACCCUUGUUUUUAUCAUGGAUAAAUUUUGCUGUUUGAAGUCUUCAUUCUCUAAGCUUGUAUCCACGCGUUCAUCAUCCAGUACUGGUAAAGGAAAAAAUCAUGAAGGGUCAAUUAAGUAUGGUUUCACCCUAGUGAAAGGGAAAGCGAAUCAUCCAAUGGAGGAUUACCAUGUUGCCAAGUUUGUUCAGACACAGGGAAAAGAAUUGGGUUUGUUUGCUAUUUAUGAUGGCCACUUGGGGGAUCGUGUGCCUUCGUAUUUACAGAAACAUCUAUUUUCCAACAUUUUAAAGGAGGAUGAAUUUUGGAAUGACCCUGGUGCAUCUAUAUCAAAAGCAUAUCUGAGUACAGAUCAGACAAUUCUUUCACAUAGUUCUGAUUUGGGGCGUGGCGGAUCGACAGCUGUAACUGCAAUAUUAAUCAACGGUCAAAUUUUAUGGACAGCUAAUGUUGGAGAUUCGCGAGCAGUUCUUUCAAGAAAAGGUCAAGCAGUGCAAUUGACUACAGAUCAUGAGCCCAAUACAGAGCGAGGUAUCAUUGAGAACAAGGGUGGUUUUGUCUCCAACUUGCCAGGUGAUGUCCCUAGAGUAAAUGGUCAACUGGCCGUUUCUCGUGCAUUUGGAGACAAGAGUCUCAAAUCUCAUUUGCGAUCAGACCCUGAUGUACAGAAUACUGAUGUAGAUGUUGAUAUUGAUAUUUUAAUCCUUGCAAGUGAUGGACUUUGGAAGGUAAUGGCUAAUCAAGAGGCAGUUGAUAUUGCUAGAAAGGUGAGAGAUCCACUGAAAGCAGCUAAACAAUUAACAGCUGAAGCAUUAAAAAGAGACAGUAAAGAUGAUAUAUCUUGUGUUGUGGUUAGAUUUAGGUGUUGAUAUAUAUUUUAAAUCUUGCUGAAUGAAAUUUAUAGAACUGAAAUAAGGGUGUACACAUAUAUAUCUAUACAUGGCAAUGCCAAUUCAUGGCUGCAAACAACACAUCAUAUACUAUAUAUACUUGGUUGGAGUUAGUUUUGACUAAAUUCAUUUAGGUAAUUUGUUAAAGAAAAAGGAAAGGGUGUGUCAACAUUUGAAUUUGUUUACAGGUUAGGUCUUGUUUGUGAUUGUUUGAUUUGAUUUGAUUUCUUUAAGUGUGAAUAUUAGGAGUCUACAUAAGAGAGAAGAAAAACUAUAUGUAGAUUGACGAUGUUUGCAUCUAAUUAGUAGUUGGAGAAUUGAUAUUGUGUUUUGUUGGUUGAA